AUGACUUCGGUGGCAACUGCACUCGCCGGGCGCACCUUCGAGGAGCUCAUCCGCACCGAAGCGCCCACGCUCGCUGCGGGGGUGGGAGCGUUGGUCGACAUGGCCAUGUUCUGGAAAGCGGCUGGACAACAUCGGCAUUUCGCCAGCAGCGACGAGUUCGACCGUCAGAUGACAGAUCGAUACUCGGCCAUCUAUCCCGCCGUCCACUCGGAGCGUCUUCAGCCUGCCUCUACCCCGGAACCGACUCUUGCCGAACAGCAUCUGGGCAUGAUUCUGCUUCUGGAUCAAUACCCGCGCAAUGCGUUUCGCGGAUCGCCCAAGCAGUUUCAAUCCGACCCCAUCGCGCGCAAGUGGGCCGACAUCGCCAUCCAACACGGCUCCGACACAAAAGUUGAUCCCGCACUGAGGUUGUUCUUCUACCUCCCCUAUAGCCACUCGGAAAACAUCGACGAUCACAACAAAGCCGUCCAGCUCGGCCAACAACUCGGCGAACCCUUCCUUGGCUUUGCAAAGGAACACAGAGACGUCAUCGCCAGAUUCGGUCGAUACUGCCACAGAAACAAAGUGCUCGGCAGACAGACGACAGACGAGGAACGUCACUUUCUCGAAAACGACGCCCCCGCCUGGGCGAAGGCCUAG